CGCUUUGGUUGUUGUAUAGCCAUAUAUGUAGCCACUGAUUAAAAUUUCACUAAUACAACUUUCAAAGUCUUCCGAAUACCGAACCAACAGAAAUUUAUGAUGUAAUGAAAAUGAUCGAGGUAAUAAAUAAAUAAACAUCAAAUAACAACCAUUAGUGUUCUUUGUCAUGGAUAUGAAUUUCAAACAGUACUAUCAAUCAACUAACCUAACAACUGAUAUUCAUAACACAAACGAUAGUAAUCAAUAUACAGAAAAUGAGCAAGCACAAUUCGACAAGUCAAGUACAAACGUGAUCGUUUCAAAUCAUAUUAAAGAAUACGUUCCUAGUUCUAUAGUUUCUUCAACUAUAUCAAGUUCAACUAUCAGUCCAAUUCGAACCUGUAACAGUAAUUAUGAUACCAUUAAUAAUAACACAGAAACGAAAAUGAAAACGGUUACAAAUUCUUCACGUAUUACUACAACAAAUCCAAUAUUCAAUUUUUGGCGUAAUUCUACAAGACGUUCAGGGAAUUGGGGUAGUCGUACUGGUACUAAAAAAUCAUUUGUAUGGAAAUAUUUUUUUCAUCCUGAAUUACAUUUGGGUACUAAAGAUUUAACUCAUACACAAUGUAUUCUAUGUGAUAGUUUAUUAGCAUUUAAUAAUUCCGGUACAACAACCACUAUGUUAAAUCAUUUAAAAAGUCGUCAUGCUGAAAUUGUGCAGCAAGAAUAUCAGCAAUCUAAAAAAUCACGUUGUGGUUUGAUGACAUUAAAAGAAAUGAAUAAAUUGACUAAAUUAAAUUAUAAUUUAACGAGUAAUGAUACGAAACUAAUUGACUGGUCAAAAAAUAAUUUGAUUACAUCAUCAGAAUUAUUAAAAUCGUCAUCAUCAUCAGGACCAGCAGUACCAAUGACACUAUCCUACACAAAUGAACACAAUAAUCCAACUUUAUUAUCAAGGCGUACACACCGUGGACGUCCACCUGGUUCACAUAGAUAUUUUGAUUAUUCAGUGGCAAAUCCUAAAUUCAGUCAUAUUAAUAACGAUAAUAAUAAUAUAAACUAUCUAAUGAAAAUUCACAAUUCCAAUAUCAAUAAAUAUGGAGAAAAAGAAGUUAUGAAAGAAAACGAAGAAAUGAACCAAUUACAAACACAAAUUAAGGUUGACACUUGUAGCCCGUCAUACACGUUAGGUAAUGAAAAGUGUACAAAUUCAUCUGAUUUCUUAUGGUCAAUUCCAAAUAUGUUUACUACAUUAAAUAAUUCACAAUUAUUUAAUAAUAAUAAAUUAUCAUUAAUAAAUAAUGAAUCAAUCUAUUCCAAUGAAAAAUCUACCAAUCAACCAAUGAUAACUUCAUCCAAUUUAAACAAUCAUUCAAAUAUACAAACAUCUAAUAAUGAAUUAAUUACUAAAUUAGUUAAUAAUUAUUUAUCAAAUUCAAUGAAUGAUAUUUCUAAUGUACAAUUUAAUAUAACAAAAUUAACUAAUUUUUAUAUAAAUGAAUUUUAUAAACAAAUUAAUCAACAAUCAUUAAAUACUACUAACAAUACUACUACUAAUACUACUGAUAAUACUAAUAAUAAUGAAAUAUAUAAUAACUUAAUUAAUCAAUCAAUAUUUAAUAAUUAUUUAAAUUCAUUUGAUUUAUCAUUAAAUAAUAAUUUAAAACAACAAAAUUUUUUAAAUGAAAAUCAAUUACAAUUUAAUAAAUUUAAUACAAAUCUAAAUGAUCAAUAUCCAUAUCCAUUUAAUGAUAAUAUUUCAAUGAAAUCAUAUCCAUCAUUUAUAAUAGAUACAAAUGAACCGCUUGAUUUAAGUUUAUCUACAUAUAAACAAAAAAUGGAAAAUAUUUUAGAUUUAAAAUCUUAUAAAAACAAUAAUAAUUCCCCAAUAUUUUUUAAUAAUACUACUACUACUACUGAUACUAAUACUACUACUACUACUACUAAUAAUAAUAAUAGUAAUAACGAAGAUUGUAAAUAUAAUUCAGCUUUUACAAAAGUUUCUCCUCAUGAAGAAUCUUCAUCAAAAUCUACAAAUAAUUCAAUAAUGAAGAAAGAAAAUUUAGAAAUUCAAAAAAAUUAUACAACUACAAAUACAAUACAUAAUGAAACCAAUACUGAUAAGACUACGGAUAAUACUGGGUACAACAAAUCAUUUUCAAUGAUUCCAAUGGAUAAUGAAUCAAUUAACCAACAUCAAGGUUUAGAAGAAGAAUUUCAACUGUUGAAUCAGAAAACCGAUGAAUCAAUUCCUUCUUCAUCUCCUUACUUUAUUAAUGACUAUCCGCUUCCUUGCUUUUCUCCAUCAUGUGAAGAGUUUCAUUAUCGUCUAGCCUACUUUUUAAUACGUGAUUUUCAUCCACCAAAAAUACUGGAGGAAGAAGGAUUCAAGAUAUUAAUUGGAAUAUUAUGGAACAAAUUUAAAAGAAAAGAUGAAGAUACUACUUAUAAUUUUCAAUCUAAUUUUUUACCAUCAUCAGAACUAAUGGAAAAUCAAAUAUUAAAAAAUCUUUAUAAACAAUUAAAAUUUAAUGUUGAUCAUAAAAUUAAAAAAUUAAUUAAAUUACAAUAUUCAAUAGAUGAUUCUAUAAUUUUACCACAAAUCGCCAUUUCAUUAAAAUUUUGGUCUUUAAAUUCAAAAAACCAUUUACCAUUUGAUAAAGAUAAUUUAUUCUUUGAAUAUGUUGAUGUUGAAUUAAAUUUUUUUGUAAAUUUUCAAAAUAUUACUGAUAGUAAUCAUAUUUUCUAUGGUACUUAUCAGAUAAAUGAAAUACAGACAUUAAACGAAAUCUUAAAACCUUGUUGGAAUUUGAUUUAUUCACAAUUCAACACAAACUAUGAUUUCAUUUUAUCAGAAUGGCCUAUUAUUAUAUUAACUAAUUGUUCAGAAUAUACAAUGAAUGCAUUCGAAAAAUCUUGUCCGAUUUCUAAUUAUCUUAUAUUACCAUGUUUCAAUGUUUAUAUGAAGAAUGCUGUACAGUGUGCAUUACGUAUCCCAGCAAUUGAUCAAGUUCUAAAUAACUACCAGAAAUCACUUGAAACACUUGAUGAAAAUGUUCAACAGAUGGAGGACUUACCUUCACAAUCAAAUCUUAAAUGUCAAUCAAAUGAUCAAACCAAUAUAAAUGAAUCUUUAUCAGAUAUUUUAAAUUUAAUCACUCGUAUAAUUUCUAACAUGGAUCGGUUACCUCAUUUCACCGACGUAUAUAUGAACUUGAUUAACCGAAUUUUCAAAUCGAUUGAAAUUGUACAAGAGACUGAUAAACUUUGUGAAACUCAAUUUCCACCCUUUACUAUAUCAAUGAUAUUACCAAUGUUAAACAAUUUAUAUUCAGUAAAUAUUGAAAAAAUAGAUGAUAAUUUGUCAAAUCAUUUUUAUACUACUAUCAUAACAUAUUUAAAAACAAUAUUUAAUGAGAACAAUAUAUUGGAAGAAUUUCUUCAGAUUUCAACAUUUCUUGAUCCACGUUUUAAAUAUUCAAUCAAUCAAAAUGAUUAUGAACCUAUUUUACAUAGAUUACGAACAAAAAUAUCAAUCCUUGAUAAUUAUGUUCAAAAAAUAGGAAUAAAUCGUAAAAUGACUUAUAUGGAAGAAUUUCAAUAUUCAAUUAAUGAUUAUAUAAAUGAAAAAUCAAUUGAUAUUAAUGAAAAUCCUAUACAAUGGUGGGAUGAUCAAUGUGAUAAAUCAGAAAAAUAUUCAAUUUUUAAAAUUUUAGCAUCAUAUUAUUUAACUAUACCAAUGAAUAUAUUCAAUAAUAAUAAUAAUAAUAAUAAUAAUAAUAAUAAUAAUAGUAUAAAUAUGGAUGAUAUCAGUAGUAUCUAUUCUCAACAAAAAAGUAUUAAUAAACUUAUAAAAAAAUUUAAAAAUGUUUUUCAAAAUGAAACAUUUUCAAUAAAAAUCGAUAAUAAUAAUAAUAAAAUUGUUAAUAGUGAAAAUAAUAUAUUUGAAAAAAAUUCUAUUACUAAUAUAAAAUCUAACCAUUAUUCAAUUAAUUUAUGGAAUCGAAUUGGAAUUAAAUUUAUACCAAUUUAUCGAUUUUUAAGAAAAAAUUGGAAAUUUUUUGAAAAAUUUGAACAUACGGAUGAAGAUAUCAAUAUUUGAAUUACAUAAUUGAAAAUAAUUCUACUUAUUUAUCAAAAGAUAUUCACUUUUUCAAUGGAUGAAAUAAUCAACUUCUAAUCUUUAUCUUAUAAUUUAUUCAAUCAUGAUUCUAAUAGCAAAUAUAAUGAUCUUAACUAAAUAUGAUCAUCAAAUCAAACUGAAAAUCAUGAGAAUAGAAUCAUUGAACAUCAAUAAAACAAAAAAAACAUCCAAAGUUUACACCAUGUAAAAUCUACAAUAGAAAUUACAUGUUAUCCUUGACAUAUUUGAUGAUGUUAAUCUUUUAGUUUUUAUUCAAUAAUUUAGUCUUUCUGAUACUUUUCUUUUCUUUUUUCUUUUCUUUUUUUUUCUCUAGAGAUUCAAUUUUAAUUUAUAAAACAAAAAAAGAAAAAAAAUAUUUUAAUUGUUUAUUUUUAUCUUUUUUGUUUUAGAAAAUAUUUAAGUUCACUUAAAUUAUUGUUAUAAAAUAAAAAAAGGAAACUGUAAAUUUACAGGGAAUUAUAUAAUAAAUAAACCAAUUUAAGGAUACCAUGUAUUUUGUAUGUUCGGUAUAUACAUAUCUAUAUAAUAACAUUUUGAAUCAAAACAUACCUGUCUUUAUUUGAUUUUAAAGAUUUAUACUAAUAUUAGUCUUAUACAUGUAUAUGUAAUUCACUAUUCAAUAUAUUUAAAAAGGAAAUGAUGAAAAGUAAUGACUUCAUUAUUAUCAGAAGGGGUUUUGUG